UUGAGCGGUAUCUCGAACCUUAAAUAUUUUUUUAUAGUAUUUAUUUAUGAAAACUCAAUUAAUGUGCUCCGCCACAUCACUCACAUAUAUGAAAUAUAUCAAAAGUUCCACUACUUAACUCUGAAGUAUGGUCGCUGAAAAGCAUAAAAAGAAAACAAAUAACAAUACAAACGAAAAUUCAAGACUAACGGAUUUCAUUCAAAGAAACUUACGGCAAAUAUGUGUCGUCAUUGCCAUAUGCGAUUUUUGUCAUGCGAUUUUCUUUGUGGUCAAUGCGACAAUUUUCUUGGUCACGAGGUUCAAUAUAUACUCCUCAUUGGCGGUUGUGGGAACUGUAUUUUGGGUGCUAAUAGUGGUGCUAUUAAUUGUUGGUCUCUGGAAGCUACUAUCGUCGAGAGCGAAGAAGGAGCAGGAAGGACAAGUUAGAAAAUGCAAGAAAUGAAGACACUGCGCAUCAACGUGAGCAGCGAUUAGAGGAGGUGGCGGUACGAUAAACUGAAACAAUCAGAAAUUAAGUAAAAUACUAUUGACGGGCUUCGCUGUAUU